AUGGCAGAAUUCAUCAGGGUCCAGGAUCUGCCCUCUCUUGGCAUCGCCUGGCAAGGCCAUGGCUCAGGUAUCCGACACCUGGGGCCUGGAGUCACAUGCCAGGAAACCCAACACUCUUGGGCCCCAGCCCCCAACUUUCAGCAGCUACGAACAAACGUCUUCUGGAGGAGGAAGCAGGUCUCCAGAUCCCAGUGGCAGGGAGACUACUUCCGGGGAGAAGACAGCAGCACAGACGUCUCUACCACCCACAGGGUGCCCACCAGACCCUUUGGUGCCUACCUGGCCCACUGGGCAGCCACCCUGCUAGGACUAUGCCAGUCUGUGGCCAUGCUCCCCCAAGCCAGUCACCUCCUGUCCCUCCUGCUGGUAAUAGGCACAGGAGUUACGGUGCCCAGCCCCCGGGUACCUCCUCAGGGCUGUUACGUGGCAGAGGAGGCUGGUGAGCGGACAUUCCGGUGCAGCCAGGCAGGCCUAAGAGCUGUGCCCACUGGCAUCCCCAACGACACCCGCAAACUCUACCUGGAUGCCAACCAGCUGGCAUCAGUGCCAGCUGGUGCCUUCCAGCAUCUGCCUAUCCUGGAGGAGCUGGAUCUGUCCCACAAUGCCCUUGCCCACCUCUCAGGGGCCGCUUUCCAGGGCCUGGGAGGCACUCUGCGUCGCCUCGACCUCUCUGCCAACCAGCUGGCCUCGGUGCCCGCAGAAGCCUUUGCGGGGCUGCAUAUCCAUGUGAACCUGUCCGCCAACCCCUGGCGCUGCGACUGUGCCCUCCAGGAAGUGCUAAGGCAGGUGAGGCUGGUGCCAGGCACUGGGACAGGCAUCGUGUGUGGCCCGGGAGGCCGCCCAGAUCUUGUGGGGCAGGAAUUCAUGCUGCUGGAAGAAGAGCUGUGUGGGACAGGGCCGGGUGGGGCCCGGCGGAGCACCGAUGUGGCCCUGCUGGUCACCAUGGGGGGCUGGCUGACACUGGUGGUGGCUUACCUGGUCUACUACGUGUGGCAGAACCGGGAUGAGACCCGGCGCUCCUUCAAGCAGGCCCCCGUGCUGCUGGUGCGCUCCGAGGACUCCUCCACCCUCAGCACAAUGGUCUGA